GAACGGCGCCCUGCGCCGCGCCGCAGGUGGCCCCCGACUGGCUGGUGAUGUGAACGGCCGAUCGGCGCUGCAGGGGUGUCACGCGUGCCGUAGUGCCGCCCACCCCCGUGGGUUUUGGCUUCCCCCCGACGCAGCGGAGUUUAUUCAGCACUGGAGGGCGGGCCCGCAACAUCCGGCCCCACACACACCACACACGCAGCUGCGGGCACGCCAAUGGACUUCCCGUUUUUUGUGCCCCUCUCCAUCGGGCGGCGGCGGCGCAACGUCGCACAAACACGGGAAAUGGGAAAGAAGCGUUGCGCCGGUUUGGGGGACGGAGGAGGAGACGGGCGGCGGGGAUGUGUGCUACCGCGCUGGGGAUGCGUGUUGUCCGUCUUCUGAGGGCGGCCACCUCACACCGCGGAGCUCAGUCUCGGGCGGUUUUACUGUUUCCUUGCGAGCUAACUGGGUGCGCACAGGCAGCAGAGACGGUUAUGUGUGUUGA